AUGACGUCUAAUUCUUUCAACGUGUCUGGAACUGUGGGUAGUUCUCAAAAUCCUAUUAGCGAGCAGGGUUUGGAGGACUUAGGGUUUCAAUCGUUUACUGAAAGGCUGCAUGGGGAUAUCUUUAUCAGUUCGAAGGGCCCUAGGUUAUCGAAUGUCCAGGACAUGCGUGACAAAUCGUCUUUGUUCUCCAAGCCUCUAAAAAUUGAUGGCAAUCCGUUGUUACCAAGACGUGGGGUUAUUCAACAGGAGCCUAAGAUGAUUAAUAUCAUUGAUGAACUGGAAAAAGUUACUGUUCCAGUUCAUGAGGACAUAAAUACGGCUGAUCACAUAAGGGGGGAGGAACAUGUGAAGUGUGCUAAUACGAUGUCUUAUGCCGAUAAGGUCAAGAACACGUCCUCAAAGAAACGGGAAGUUAACUUUAGAAGUUUGGAUUCGACUGAGACCAAGCCGGAUGCUAAUGUGGUCAUUCCUCGAGAGGUAAUUCGUAAAGCUCAGGAUAAGUUUGAGAACGUUUUAUAUGGUUAUUUUCUGGGUAAUCGGCUUCCUUAUCCUGUUGUGGAAUAUUAUGCUAAGAAUGUCUGGGCAAAAUACGGGUUUGCUAAACUUAUGAUGAAUUCAGAGGGCUUCUUUUUCUUUAAAUUUGAUUCUAAAGAGGGUAUGGCGAAAGUUCUGGAAGGAGGACCGUGGCUGAUCCGGAAAGUGCCCUUGUUCUUAAAUGUGUGGUCUCCAUCAGUUAGCUUAAAGAGAGAGGGUAUUAAGUCAGUCCCGGUGUGGGUAAAACUCCAUAAUGUUCCUAUUGCAACUUACACCGAUGAUGGCCUUAGCUUAUUAGCGUCCAAGUUAGGUGUGCCAAAACGGCUGGAUGGCUAUACAGCCGAUAUGUGCACGGAAAACUGGGGGAGAAGCAGCUUUGCUCGGGCGUUGAUUGAAAUAACCGCGGAUAAAGAGCUUAAAGAUCAAAUUGUAGUUGCCAUUCCGAAGCUUGAUGAUGAUGGAUACAUUACUGAAAUAGUAGAUGUGGAAUAUGAAUGGAAGCCUCAAAGGUGUUCGUUAUGUUGUGUCUUUGGACACAAUGAUCAAGUGUGUGGGAAGAAUGAAAAUAAAAAAGCUAAGCAUGUGGUCGUUGAUGAGGUGGGUUUCAGGAUGGAUAAGAGGAAGACAGCUCGUAUGGGAGGGGUACCAAUGAAGCAAAAACAAAAGUUUAUGUAUAGGCCAAAGGUUAGCAAGGCUGACCCAAGUACUUCUGGAACAAAAGAUGGCCACGGGAUCAAGAAGACAUCGGAUAACGUCCAAGUGAGGAACUCGUAUGACUCUUUAUCGAAACUUGAUGGGCAGGAAUUGGAUACUGAGAUGGAUAACAGGAAAACGUGGAAAAGAACUCAGGGAAGCACGCUAAUGAUAAUGAGGAGGUGGUCGAUUCUAUACCAACUGAAACAGCCAGAUUUAUGCGGAAUAAUAAACAUGAAAAGGUUGCUGAGGGGGCAAGCACUCCCGGUCAGAGUGGUAUUGAUGGAUAGUAUUCUUACAUGGAACAUAAGGGGUUUGAACCAACCCCUGAAACAAAAUGAGGUUCGUCUUAUGCUGUCGGAAAAUAAGGUGUCUGUUUGUGCUAUUUUAGAAUCGCAUGUGGAGGUUGCUAAUCUGGAGAGGGUUUGUAAGAAGGUGUUCAGAAAUUGGAGUUGGACGUCUAAUGGGGGCCUUUGUGAUCGGGGUGCUAGAGUUAUCCUAGGGUGGAAUAGUGAUAUUGUGGAUGUCAUGAUUCUGUCACAGUCUGAUCAAGUCAUUCAUGCUCAAUUAUGGUCAAAAACUGGUAACACUAGUGUUUUCGGUUCUUUUGUUUAUGCAAAGAAUAAAUAUCAAGACCGAAGGGCUCUUUGGGAGAACUUAUGUGGGCAUGCGAUUUUGUGUAGGGAUAAGCCUUGGUUUGUCAUGGGCGAUUUUAACUCGGCUCUUCAUAUGGAGGAUUCGCUGUUUGGUACGUCAAUUCAAACUAUAGGUAUGCGAGAGUUUUAUGAUUGUGUCAAAAAUUCGGACCUGCUUGAUGUUAAGGGUCAUGGUAUGCAAUACACUUGGAACCAGAAGCCGAAGGAGGGGAUUGGCUUACUUCGUAAGAUUGAUAGGGUUAUGUGUAACGUUAAGGGUCUUGAUAUGUUUCCAGAAGCUUAUGUUAUGUAUCACGUGUAUCGUGUCUCUGACCACACCCCGUGUAUUUUAAAGCUAACCAAGGAGCCUAAAGUGUCUAAGCCGAAGCCGUUCAAAUUCGCGAAUUUCCUUACUUCUAAACCGGAUUUCAGAAUAUGUGUUGAGCGAGAGUGGGUGAAGACGGUUGAUGGGAUUUCUAUGUUCUCGGUUAUCACUAAGCUAAAAAACUUGAAGCCAGGUCUUAGGAAAAUCCUGAACCAGCAAGGGAAUUUGCAUUUAAAGGUGAGUGAGCUGCGUAAAAAGCUUGAUGAGAUCCAAAGAUUGCUAGACAAGAACCCUCUUGAUGUGGAGCUUCGUAAUAACGAGUCUGUUUGCCUAAAGGAGUUCCAGAUUGCGGCGUAUGAUGAGGAGUGUUUCUUGAAACAAAAAUCAAAGGUUGAGUGGCUUUGUGCUGGGGAUUCGAAUACGACAUUUUUUCAUAAUAGCCUGAAAUGCAGAAACGCUAGAAACAAAAUUCAUUGUAUUCGGGAUUUGGCUGGAACCCGAUAUGAAGGGGAUGAGGCUACGGACGCGUUAGUUAAUCACUACGCGGGUUUUUUAGGCACGGAGGAUCAAGUCUCUAGCAUUGUGACACUCUAG